GGCCGUCGCGCGACAGUUUCCAUUCUUGCCCAGUUCACAGAGCAUACGCAUCGCCAUCGGAAGUAUAAGAAUGGGUAGCAGCCAGCUGAUUGGAUCGAUAACUGAGUACAACAGCUCACGGGACGACUGGAAUGUCUAUCAUGAACGAUUGGAGCAAUUUUUCGAAGUUAAUGAUAUUUCGGAAGAAAAGCGAAGUGCCUUCCUGAUCAGUGUUAUUGGGGCUGAGGCGUACAAAAGCUUGCGAGAUUUAUGCCACCCGGCACUGCCCAAGGAUAAGCCGUUUGCGGAUCUUUGCGAAUUAUUGCGCAAGCAGUUUAGUCCUCAGAUUGCGAUCUUCCGUGAGCGGGUCAAGUUCUACAACGCUCGACAGGAUCCCAACGAAAACGUAACUCAAUGGUAUGGAAAAUUGAAGCGCCUGUCGGUGGACUGCAAGUUUGCCAGCAAUUUGGAAAGUGUUUUGUUGGACAAGUUCAUCACCGGGUUGCGUCCAGGGCAGGUGUUGGAUCGGUUGUGUGAGGAGAAUGAAAAGCUGAAACUUGAAUUAGCAUUGGAUAUUGCUGUGAAUAAAGAGUGCGCUGCCAAAGAUAACGCAUACCUUCCAUUCGCUCCUCGACCGACCCAGUGUUAUUUUGGCGGUGAGCCGGUGAGGACCACAUUUGCCCCACCGGCUCAAAUUAGAUUCAAAUCCCAACCAUUUGGUUCGCACGGUGGAACUGGUCAGCUUUUUGGAGGAAGUGCCUCAACAACUCAAGCGUUUUCUGCACCGGUUGAAGUGCUGAGGCAGCCGCUGGUUUUGGAUAGUCAACCUUGCGAGCCACAAAAGUUGUUUUUCAGUGCCCCUGCUCAGGCUGCACCGGCAGUUGGAUUAUUCGGUGCGGCGAGCAGUGCACCGGAACCAGAGGAACAGAUAGUGGGAGAGGGAGCUAGUGCACCGGCUCUUGGUUGCCUCAAAAGCGCUGACGUACCCCUUGAGCAGGAGGAGGAUGGCGUACCGGAAGGAGCUGAUCGAGCUGGCGCUCCAGUUACGAAAGCAAAACGAGUCCGCACUAGACGGCGUGGUGCAGCUCGUCGCGUCGCUGGUGGCGACGGUGGUGAUAAGAAUUCUGUCGAUGGAGAGUAGAACCGGGGUGGGAGACUUUUGUAGCAGUAGUUGACCGGUCAUGGUUCUCUUUGUUAGAUAUGUUGUUUAAGUUGAUUAACCACAGAGAGAAUGAUAAGACUAGUGAGUAAUGUAAUUAUUUCCUUACGUUAUAUGGAGAAGUUUUCUUACUGAUGUAAUGAUGCAUUCUGAUACUAACACAUAGUAAUAAAUGUAUAUUUUGAUGCUUAGCAAUAACUGCGCAGUUAGGGUUAGAUUUCAACGAACUAAUAAAAUUCUGUGAAUUGCUGUC